AUGGAGUACAUACCCACUUCUUUGAAACCUGAAGAUCCGGGCCCAACCCUCCCCGGGGUACUUGAAGAACUUGGAGAUAUUGAAAGUAUAGACUCAUCGAUACUCUCCUUUGGCCAUGAAGAGUUGAAUGCCGCCGACGCCGACGCCGACGCCGUUGGGUUUGACCCAAGUCUUCUUCCAACAGCGUGUAUCGAAUUGGAGCUUAUGGCUCAAGAUAUUUGCGGUCGGGCGGCUCAAUGUAUGGCAGAUAUUGAAAAUCUCCGGUCGAAAGUUUUAUAUUGGAGAGAAACCUUUUGGAGAAAGGGUGGAACACGUCGGUCUUUCCAAUAA